AUGAGCUUGGCGUGCUGUUGCCUGCGGAGCGAGGCGGCGGAGGGGAGGCGGCGGUCGACCGUUCCGGGGCCGGAGUGGCUGAUAGACCGCCGCGCUGGCGAAGACGGCGGCGGAGAAGCGCCGCCGCAUGAGCCACCGGGGGGGAAGGGCCACCGGCGGCGGGCGACCGUUGUGGCGGCGGAGUGGGUGAUAGACCGCGCCGCUGGCGAGGAGGAGGACAGCGGCGGCGGAGGAGGAGAAACGGCACCGAAUGAGGCACCGGCGGGGAAGGGCCACCGACGGCGGGCGACCGUUGCGGCGGCGCCGCAGGUGGCGGAGCCGCGGCUGGCCCGGUCGGGGGGGAUGCGGAGGGACUGGAGCUUCGAGAACCUCCGGCAGAGAACCUACGACAUCUUCUACUGA